CCGCUGUCGAGGUGGAGCGACGAUGGAAUCGUACCCGGUCGAGUUGAAGGAGGCGCCGCGGCCGCUGGUGGCGGCGCUGGGACCGAAGGACAUCCAAGCCCGUGUCCUUCCGGUGCUUCGUUCGAUCAACGAGGAAUUUGUACCGCAUGUACAGUUCAAAUCGCUCAGUUUCGAUCACCGGUACGUGUUUCCGACCAAAAAGGACAAAACGGCGUCGCCGAGCAAAGGAAUCUGGAAAGCGGGAUGGCUCAAAAAGCACCACGAAGUCCUUCCGUCGGUGGUUCUGCUCUUCUACGCGUUCGAACCCCGACUGGCCUCGCGAGACUGGGCGAUCCAGGAAACGGUCAUUCGCGAUGAAGUCGAGGAUUUCCGACGGACGCUGUCCGGCCGCGACGUCAAGAUCUUGCUCGUGUUGGUCCAGCUCCUUGACGACGCUACAUCUUCAGCAUCCCCUGCAUCCACGAUGUCGUCGAGCAUGGUGAACCUUCCAAGCAGCGACGACCGACUCCAGAGUUUGCGCAAACGCGCGGAACUCGAUGCCAAGAGCGUUUGGUUUGUCAAGGAUAUAGUAUCGCGCACGCAUCCGACGCUGAUCAAACUCGAAGCGGCGAUCCGCACGAACGCCGUCGAAUACUACAAGGCGCAGGCGAAGCGCGUGAAGAAGGCCAAGAAGCCCACCAAGCUCGUCGGCAUCCGCCACAGCUUCAAGGUCGCCCACUACUACGAAUUUCGAAAUUACACGUCCAAGAUGCUGCUGCACUACGAAGCUGCGUACAAGGCCUUGCUGCAUCUCGCGGCCGGCGGCGACGCGGACGACGGCGCCGACUUGCACCGACAACUCGUUGCGGUGGCCGAGUAUAUACACUACAAACUUGUGUACCACGCAAUCUUUUCAUCCCAUCACUUGAAGGGUGCCGUGGAUCAGCUGCACCGCCACAUGACUGCGUUCGGGCGCCUGCCACCGUCCAUUCUCCACGCCAAGAAGGACGACGUCGGCGCCGCCACGUGCGCGCACUGGGGUUACGUGAGCCGGCAGUACCACGUGUUUGGACAACUCGUCCUCGAGUCCCAGCGGCUCGGACUGCAUGCAUCACCGUCAAACAGUUACCACAACAACGUUCUUGCCGGUCUCGACUCGGAUCUGUACAAGGAAGCGUAUUUGUACUUUAGCGCGGCGGCCAAAUACGCAACGUGGCGCCGCAAAGCUGCCGCCAAGGCCGGCCUGUCCUACGACGUAUCGCUCGACCCCGCGACGGUCGCAACGGCCCCGAGUCCGUUCCUUGGCGGGGACGCCAUCGUGCCGAUCGCGGAGAAAACAAUCCCCCACGCCGCGCUGGCCAUCCAGUUGCUGUCCCAAGCGAUCCACCACGUGACGGUGCAUCUCAACCACCGCUACCGCCUCAAACACCGCCUCUUGCUUCGCCUCGGUCUCGAGCAACUCGCAAACGGAGAGUUUGCCGUGGCUCGGCAAGGGCUGGAAAAGGCCAAAGCCGCGUACAUCCAAGAACGGUGGUACGGGCAAGUGAGCCAAGUGCUGUCGCACCUCCUCAUUUGCGCCACGCACCAGCGCGACACACUGGCAUUUCUCGAGUUGUCGGUGCAGUUGCUCAGCCCAAAGCUCGAGUUGUUUGUCGCGCCGACGCACCGCGACACCCUCCACGCGAAUUUGUUUGUCGCGUUCGACCAGUGGACGACAUCCCCGCCCGACCUCGCCCUCGAUGCGCUCAAGAACGUCGUGUCCGUGUACGUCGACUUUGGCAAGGCUGUCAAGGCGUUUGUCCGCGAGACAGUGACGUUCACCGCCACGGUCGAGUCGUACCUUCCCGUCGACGUGUCGCUCCAUUCGCUCUCGUUCGUGUUUGCGCCCGAGGACUCGUUCAACCAACACCUGCACCACGACACGGCCGACCUCCGCCUGCCGCCGCAUACUCCCCGGACGUUCCAAAUGGCGCUGACGCUGCCGGCCACCCAGACAACUGUCAUGUGUCAGCAAGUUCGCCUUGUCUUCCGCAACCGCCAUGACGUGUCGUGGACUUGGACGGUGACGUCGUUCGUCCCGCAGACGAUCCUGACGCGCCGCAACAGUUUGCUGGCGGAAAUGCAAGGCGUGAUUCCCGGCAUGGGCCAAGGCGCGGGGUCGCCGUCGUUUCAGCGGAAACCGACCACUUCCCUUGACUUUGAAGACGUGACCGGCGCCGGUCUCGAAGACGACGGUCGACUUGGCGGCCGCGGACAAGUCGUCGUCAUGCAGCCCAAAGCGCGCGCCACGCUCGACUUGCUGUGCAGCCAAGUCCUCGUGGGCCACACCGCGCCGCUUCAGUUUGUCCUGCACUCGCACGACGACCACAUUCACGAUCCUCAGUACACGAUCCACGUCGCCGAGAGUCCAUUGAGUCCUGGCGGCGGCAAUCGUCCACAGACCGCCCAACUCGUGUUUCGACCCGACGCCCCCGCCUUGACGUCCCCUCAACGUCCUCACUCGGAACAACCGUUCACGGUGUGGCUCCACUGUGCGACGGCCCGCGACGUUGUCCUGAACGUGCACAUGACGUACCAGACGGCCCUCGGUGUCCAAGUGAGCCUUGACACAACCUUUGCAGUGCAUGCCGUGGCCCCGUUCGCCCUCACGUCGACGCUGCACUGGACGUACCCGAACCGCGCGGCCCGCGUCGGGUCUCCCUUCACGGUGGUUGCACAACUCGCCGCGACCGCUCCGCUCCACCUGCAAAGCGUCGGGCUCGCCAAUCUUUCCGCCCACGCCACCUUUUCAUCGUCAACGACGCGAGAUUUCCGGCCCAAAAAGCUCGGCGCGGGCGACCAACACAGCGUUGUGCUCCGCGUGCUUCCCCACCAAGUUGUCAAGAGUCCGCACCCUCUAGGCGACGUUGUCGUGGAAUGGACCGCGGAGGACGCGGGCGAGUCAACCCGGGACGACGUGGUCACGACUGUGCUGGCGCUCCCGAAAGUCGCAUUCGCAUCCGUCCCGCUGAGCGUCGAUGUGGCCAUCCCUGAGUUCGGGGUCGAAGGCGAAUUAAGCCUAGUACGCAUUCAGCUGACCAACCACACGGCGGGGAUAGUUGUCUUGGCGGUCAACAUUGCAAACGAAGGAUCCGACUUUCUCGUGUCCGGCGCGGUCGAUGCCAAGGUAAACGUGCUGCCGCUGGAGACGUACGCAUUCACGGUUGGCAUCGUCCCGUUGCAUCCUGGCCAACUCAAGCUUCCGUCAAUUGAUGUCGUUCAUGUCGAUUCCAAGGAGAGCUUUGUUGCGGCGGACCAGCGCAUGGCUCUGUUUGUCGUGCCAUACAACCACAGCAUGUCAACGUAUUGUGGCCACGCAGAUGUAUAGACAAGGACAGAUCACGCCGCAUCCUGCAAAUCGAGUAAUGAAUCGAGGUAGUGGCGUGGGAUUUG